AUGAAAAAGCCAUUAAAAGAAAUAAAAAGUUAAAAAAAUCAUAAUUUGAAUUACGAAUACAUAUAUAAAACAGGUAAUAACUACUGUGAUAAAAUUAAAAGAACUUAAAUACAGCUAAAGAGAAUAAUAAAAUCACACUAAGGUUAAAUCUUGUGUAGAAAAUUAAAUUAGAAAAUAUAAUAAAUUUUAGGAUGUGAUCAUUUAAGAGGAUUUGUUAAUAUUUAAAAUAUAGAUACAGAUGAUAAUAACUUAAAUGAAGAAUAAGUUUUAUAAAUUAAAUAAGAGCUAAUUAAAAUACAAUAUGGUAAUAGUAAGGAAUUUUACACAGUGUAUAGUUAAAAGUCUCCAUUUUUAUACAUUAGCGUAUAUGAUGAUAAUCAAAAAAUUAUAUCAUCUAUUGAGGAGACAGUUGAUGAAUAUAAAUUUCUUUUAAUGGAAAAGGUGUAAGAAUAGAUAAGUUUAAUACAUAAAUAAGUAAAAAACUAAAUACUUUCAAAGGAUUUAUCUGAAAAACUAUUAAAACUAAAGAUUCAAAUAAAUAAAUAAAAAUAAUAAUAUAAAAAUAAUUUUAUUAUUAAAGAGAAUCUUGAAAGAUUUCCAUUAAAAAAAAGCAAGAAAAAUAAUUAAAAAUUAUAUGAAAAUUUCGAUAAUAAUGGAUAUAAAGAAUAAAACAAUUGGUCUGACGAAGAAGGUUAAGAAGAUGAUUAUUCAUAAAAUGGAUUUUCUGAUGAAUAUUCCCUAGACUAUGAUAAUUGGUCAUAUGGGUCUUGCGUAUGUAAAGAAAUUCCAUAGGAUUUUAGACUUUAUUGA